AUGCAACGCCUAGCAGAUAACGAUAUGCUGGGUUUACUACUGAAAUCGAGUGAAGUAUUGACGAAAAACGAUCAUAUUCAACAUUUAACAAUUGGUCUUAGCCAUCAUAGUGAUAUUAUAAUUAUAUUUGAUCAUUUUCCAUCCUUACAGUAUUUGGAUAUUUCCACGAACAAACCAUUUAUGAAUAUUGAUGUUGGUGAAGAUAUAGUUAAUGGGACAUAUGAUUUCGACAGUCUACCAUUGAAAUUACUACAAUUAAGAGAUUUUACUUUAAAAACUUACGGUGGUUCAAAUAUUGAUUAUAAAAUAUUUGAGAAGAUUAUUAAAAAUCUCAUAUAUUUAAACAAAUUAAGUAUUUUUUACAUUAGAAGUGAUUUAUCGUCACGGAUUUCUGGUCAUAGAAUUGAUCAAAUGUUAUCGAAUCUUACAAAUUUGAAAGAAAACUUCCCAAAUGUGAAUAGGCUUACUAUUGGUGGUAAAUGUAAAAAUGUUCAAAGAGAUGGAUCCCCAAGAACCACAACCAAAAUAUAUCAACAAGUUGAUNCAAAUCAAGAACCACAACCAAACGCGGAAGCCACGACGGCCAGUCAUCCACUGGUAUCAGCUCUGCUGCGGAGACCCAUACCCGCAGCAGCAGCAACAGCAGCAACAACAACAACAACAACAGUAACAACAACAACAACAGCAACAACAACAGCAACAACAACAACAACAACAACAGAAAAGAAAAAAGAGAUAUAA